GUAAGUCGGUAACCAAAAAUGUCAUCAUAAUGGAACUACUUAAUUUUUUUCCUUUCCCAAAGUGUGUACUCUAUCUUUUGGAGAUUCUUGUAGCGAUUUGAGUUCAGAAUUCAGAGUCUUUAAACUCUGACAACCGAGAACCAACCAGCUAAACCAUCUCUCUCACUCUAACUUAAGUUAGGUGCUUACCAUUGUGCCAGAUGGAUUACGAGGUUAAGGCUUGUGGUGAAUGUUCGAGAAAGUGUUUGCUGUUCCAUCGAGGAAAGUGUGGUCUUCCGCCAAAGAUUCCUCCGUUUUUUAAAGUCAUGUUUGGCAAGGGUUUUGCUGAGUGUCUGUUUGUGCCUCCAAAAUUUAGCAAAAUUCUUACUUCAGAAGUUGGAAGAAAGGCAUAUCUGGAGGAUUCAACAGGCAAGCAAUGGGAAGUUAACCUGUCUAAAGUAAAUGGCUCUCUUAGCUUCAAUACAGGAUGGUAUAAAUUUACCAAGGAUCAUGACCUUGAGCAAGGGGAUUUUCUGUUAUUCCGUUACACCAUGGAUUCGUGCUUCUUUGUUGAAAUUUAUGGAAGAAGUGGAUAUGAAAAAACACAUACUGGUGUACACAGCUUUAAGAACAAGAUACCUAAAACUACAAGAAAUUCUAUUACCAGGAAAUCUCCUUCAGAUCCCUUGUAUGAGAAACAAAAACCAUCACAAGGAAACGACUGUUGCAAUACCUAUGCUGUUCCCCAAUCCGAGGUUGACAUGAGUGACAUCAUUUGGACUCAUGAUGAUGUAAAUGAUGUACAGAAGUCCGUUGUGGUAGCAGAAAAGGUUGGAAGGCAGGAAUACGGCAUUGAAAGGCCCCAGCUGGUUCCGGAGGUUGAUUUUCUAAUGGAGCCAUGCUUCAUGACUGACAGAGAAUCAAGUUUAGCUAGAGAAGACGAUAGGGAACGCUUACUUGAUCUAUCUGCCUUGGAGUUUUCCGGCAUGGAACCAAGUUUCACCUCCAACAAGACCGGUAAAGCUCAUACUGGAAAUGCUUCAAUUGAUACAAAGAAGUACCCACUUAGUCAAGGUGCAUUUCAUGAAGCUCAUAAUGGAGAUCCUUCAAUUGAUACAAAUAAGUUCCCACUUAUUCAAGGAAAUGUAGUACCUUCAAAAAAUAAUCAAGAAAAGUUGCCAAAUUCUGUAAACAAACCAUUUCCCAGCGUUUCUCCAAGACUUAGCAUGCCUUCCAGUUUGGUUCGUCCCUCGAAAACUAUCCGUGAAUCACACACUUGGAAGCCUUCAGCAACAUCAGAUUUUAGUCAGACACCAGAAAAUUAUGAAGAAAAGUUGUCGGGUUCUGUAAACCAACCAUUUCCCAGCGUUUAUCCAAGUCUUAACAUGCCUUCCAGACCAGUUCCUCCCUCGAAAACUAUUCACGAAUCACGCACAUGGGAUGCUUCAGCUGCAUCAGGUUUUAGUCAGCCACCACCAGGUGGAAAAUUGAGGGUAGUCAAGCAAGAACCAAAAGAAUUCAAACAAGAGAUUUCUGGGAAUGUGUCGCCUGAUACCUCAUUUGAUUCUAACAUGUCUUUAAAGAGGAAGGUUAAGGGUAAUGCAAAUCCUAUGAAAGAUGAUGAUGAGGCAAACAGAGUUGUGAAGCAAGAACCUGCCGAUUUCUGCGAUCUUGAAGCUGCAGCUGCAUUCAGAAUGACUUGCUUAGCAUCACCAGAAAAUGCAUCUUACCUGGAGUUGCCUGGGGAAUUGCCGAUGAUGUGGCGGCAAAGAUUGUAUGUGAAGCAGAAGCUGGUCAUACUUAAGGAUCCAUCCGGAAGAGAUUGGCCUGUGUUAUACCAUAAGAGAAACAACAUCAAUGUUUUGACAGAUGGUUGGAAGGAAUUUCAGUAUGCAAACAACAUUCUUCCCCAAAAUGAAUGUGUUUUUCUGGCUGACGACCUUGACAUGGGAGAAUUCCGAGUCCAAUUUUCUUAGUUGCCUAAAACCUGAUAAACAUUUGUUGGUGGUUAAGUGAUCAUCAAUUAUCAACUGAUUUAGAUUAUUGAUUGCGUAUUCACAUUUCUUUUUGCUAGUGUUGUUGUAUGCGUAGAAACGUAUUGUCUAGUGCAUCGUUGUAGUUGGGACAUGGGUUUACUUUUGUGAAUGAAAUGGUCAUGUAUAUUUAUCGUUA